GGGCGCGGGCGCGCCAUUCGUCGCGCGAUAUCCCCGCGCAAGCGCACGCGUGUCGUGAGUGAAGUGACAUUUAACCCCCAAAAAUGGCGGCCAAAUUCUACAUAUGUUGUCUCGUUCUGACCCUGGAGCUGGUGUCUGCAGCUCGGCCGCGGCCGCGCCUGCAGCCAGUUGAGGACGCCUACGAGUACCAGCCUGAAGCCUCCGACAGAGCCGCUGGAGACCAGGUGGUGCUAGUGUCAGCAGAUGACUACAACGCCCUCUACCGGUCGACGGACAGGUUGGACGACGAGUACGAGCCGCGAGCGCGUCAGCCGCUGCCAGGACGGACCCUGAAGCACCAGGAGGCUCCCAAGCAACCUCCCGUGCAGACUAUAAGGAACUAUAAUAAGGUGAAUGACGACGGUAGCUUUACUUUCGGCUAUGAGGCAGCAGAUGGGUCCUUCAAAGAGGAGACUCGCGGCACGGACUGCGUGGUGCGCGGGAAGUACGGCUACGUGGACCCCGACGGCAACAAGCGCGAGUUUACUUACGUGUCCGGGAACCCCUGCGACCCCAACAAGCCUGACGAGGACGAGCAGGAAGCCCCCGGACAGGAGUCGGCUGAGAGAGACGAUGGAGAGGCCAACUACCCGACUAGACCUGCCGUGCGCCCCACUACGGCUAGACCACCGACGACAACAUACUUCCAGAACGACUUCAGAGACGCUGAUGAAGACGAAGUAGAAGAGGAACCCCUCCAGCACAUCCGUCAAAGAGUCGUGCAGAGACCGGCUCUUGCCGCGCGCCGCCCCAGCUACCAGUCGCAGCAGAUCGCCAUCACCCCCCGCCCCCUGCCCGCCACCACCGCCCGCGCUCUCCCCCCCGCGACCACCUUCCGCCCGCAGCUUCUGCAGGUCACCGCGCGCCCGCAGAUCCAGUACUCCCCGGAGCCGUCUUACUCACCGUCCCCCGCGCCAUCCUAUUCCCCGUCCCCCGCGCCCAUCGCCACCACGGCGCGCCCCGGACAGAUCGACUUCGCCGCCGAAUUCGCCAAGUUCCACCGCGAUAACCAGCAGCAGCACUCGACGACAGCCGCGGCCGGCAAGGCGCCCACCGCCGCGCCCGCGCCCGGCAACCCGCUCUACUCCACCGAGCUCGUGUACGACCCGUCCAGCGGCAACUACAACACGCAGCUGUUCCAGACGCUGCCACAGACCAAGGGCGAGCUGAACCUCAACCAGCGCCUGCAGCCGUACGUGGCGCAGCCGCAGCAUCAGGCGCGCCCCUUCGUUCCCUCCCCGCAGAUCAGCUCGGCCCCCGCGUCGCAGUCCCCUAAUGUUCCCUUAUUCCGGCACCAGAUCCAGCACAACCCGCAGGAGGUGUACCAGCGGCAGCAGGCGGAGACGCAGUUCCAGAGCUCGCAGCAGCUGUUCGCGCAGCAGCAGCAGCUGCAGCAGUCGCAGCUGCAGCGGGACCGGGCGGCGGCGCGCGCGCAGGCGCAGCGGCUCGCGCUACAGGGCCAGGGACAACAGCAGUCCUAUGCCCCCCAGAGGGCCGUGGCUCAGAACCCCCAGUUCUACUACGUGGCGCCGCGCGGCGGGGAGUCCCCCUCGUCGGGACAGAUCGACGCGUUCCUCAGAGGGCACGGAAUUCAAUUUUAGUUUAGUGGAAUUAAUGUCUGGGCUAGAUAAUGCAAUUCUGUCGGCCACUCCUCGAUAAUACUCAAUGUUGUGUUUCUGCUCUGCACAGAACAGUGCUCCUAGUUUUCAUAAACGCUUUAAUCCCGAUCUGUCGCUAGUAAUUAGUAAAGCGCUUAUGAGUGUUAGGGUGAAUUAAUAACGAAGGUCAUUGGCCUUAUUACAUAAAAAUAUAAAAACUCCGAAUUUUGCUUUGUUUAACCUUCUAUGUUUGGGCAUAAGAGUAUAAACUAAUGUUUAAAUGUACUUUUGCUGUAAGGCCUUGUUUUGUAGUUAAAUUUAAAGGGCCAUAGGUGAUUACGUGUACAAUCGAUUUCAAUAGGUAAAGGUCCGCACAGUGUGUCGGUACAGUGGAGGACAGCGCGGCCGGCCGCAUGCAAGUGUAAAUACAGUUCUGUCUAAUCAGUACCUUAGUUCGGUACUAAAUAGUCCUAAGAAUAAAUAUAAUGUUAUUUAGUCCGUGAUAGUCCAUGGUCGCGUUUUUGGAAACGCUGUGUAAAAACGCUCGAUUUUGUAACUUUAAUUGUAAUAUUUUUGUUUAUAUAAUAAAUUAUAUUUUUUAAUAA